AUGAUAGCUGACUGCUCUCUGGUGUUUCACAGCAAGUCCUCCACCCCUCAACCUGCUGGGGACCUUGCUUCCUCCACUCAACCUGCUGGGGACCUUGUUUCCUCCACUCAACCUGCUGGGGACCUUGCUUCCUCCACUCAACCUGCUGGGGAUCUUGCUUCCUCCGCUUCCUCCACUCAACCUGCUGGGGAUCCAGCCUCCACCCCUCAACCUGCUGGGGACCUUGCUUUCUCCACUCAACCUGCUGGGGAUCCAGUCUCCAUCCCUCAACCUGCUGGGGACCUUGCUUUCUCCACUCAACCUGCUGGGGAUCCAGUCUCCAUCCCUCAACCUGCUGGGGACCUUGCUUCCUCCACUCAACCUGCUGGGGACCUUGCUUCCUCCACUCAACCUGCUGGGGACCUUGCUUCCUCCACUCAACCUGCUGGGGAUCCAGCCUCCACCCCUCAACCUGCUGGGGACCUUGCUUCCUCCACUCAACCUGCUGGGGACCUUGCUUCCUCCACUCAACCUGCUGGGGAUCCAGCCUCCACCCCUCAAUCUGCUGGGGACCUUGCUUCCUCCACUCAACCUGCUGGGGACCUUGCUUCCUCCACUCAACCUGCUGGGGACCUUGCUUCCUCCACUCAACCUGCUGGGGACCUUGCUUCCUCCACUCAACCUGCUGGGGAUCCAGCCUCCACCCUUCAAGGUGUUGAAGCUGCUAUGGAUCCUGCUGUGCCACCAUUUUCAGGCUCUACAAAAGUAGAGCAGGAACAGCACCAGGAAGGGAACUCGAGAGCGAGGUAA